GCCCGGUCUCCUUCUGGCCAGCGUGCAGACGCCAGCCGCAUCGAUGACAAUCUUGAGCUUCUCCGCAUCGAGAGGGCUGUUUCAGCUGAGGAUCAGGAUGGUGCCAGCCACAUGAGGAAGCGCGCCCACAAUGUCGAGCCUGAGGAUGCCUUCAACGUCAAUCUGCCCGACGAAAAGACCUCUUACGACAACAAGAAGCGAGAUCCCGAUGCCGCUCUUCUCAAGUUCUGGAUAUUUCUUCGGAAGUUUCCUCGAUUCGUUCGGUAUUGUCUAUACCUGUUCCCUGGUGCCGCCCUUCUCCUUAUCCCGGUCUUGCUUGGCGGGUUUGCCUUCAAGAAUGGUGAGCGAGAUGUCGGUGGUGUAGACUUGAUGUGGUUUGGUAUCUGGCUCGAGAUUGUAUGGGGAGUUCUCUGGGUUUCCCGCAUGAUUACCAGUCUCAUGCCUCCCACCUUCAAGUUGAUUGCCAGGCUGUCUGGUUCGACCACUCCCAAGAAGUGGAAGGACAUUGGUUACCAGCUUGACCUUCACACGGCCGUCUUUCUCUGGUUCCUGGCCAUUCUCAUCUCCUUCGAGCCGACCAUGACUUCUCACAACUACCGGGACAAGAAGCCACACUGGGUCACUGUCGUCAACAAGGUCAUCAUCGCCCUCUUUGUCCUGGCAACCCUCAACUUUGUCGAGAAGAUUCUCAUCCAGUGGAUUGCAUCGUCGUUCCACCAGCGAACCUACGCGACCCGUAUCGACAAUAACAAGACAGACAUUGGCCAGCUUGUCCGUCUGUACGAGCAUGCCAAGGCCAAGAAUGAACAGACCGACUACUUCUUCCAGCGCGGUAGUGGUUCCGCCAGCGGCGCCCAGACACCAAUGCAGACCCUUCAGGACAACGCUCGUCAGGCAUGGAACAAGGUCGGCUAUGUUGCUGGCCGAGUUGGAAACGAUUUGAUCGGUCGCAAGGUUGACAGCAAUCAUCCUCGCAGAGUCGUCAAUGAGCUUCUGAAGCAGACUGCUACAGCUCAUACCCUCGCCCGCCUCAUCUACCGAAGUACCGUGAGAGAGGACCGUGAUCUUGUCUACCUCGAGGAUCUACAGGCCAUCUUCACCGCUGAAGAGGAGGCCGAAGUUGCCUUUAUGAUGUUUGACAAGGACAUGAACGGUGACAUUUCGGUCGACGAAUUCGAGGCCGUGUGUAACGAAAUCCACCUGGAAAAGAAGGCCAUCGCCGCCUCGCUCAAGGAUCUCGACUCGGUGAUUAAGAAGCUUGACAAGGUCUUCUUGUUCAUCAUCGUUGUUAUCACCAUCAUUGUGUUCAUCUCGAUCCUCUCGGGCUCCGCUGCCGCCGCUCUCGGUUCUGCGGGUACUGUGGUUCUUGGUCUGGCCUGGGUGCUCCAGGCCACCGCGCAGGAGUUCCUCCAGUCCAUCAUCUUUGUCUUUGUCAAGCAUCCCUUCGAUGUCGGUGAUCGUGUGACCGUGUACGGAUCGACUGGCGACUUGAUGAUGGGUGAUGAUUACUAUGUGACGGAGAUUUCUCUUCUCUACACCGAGUUCAAGAAGAUGCAGGGUCACAUUGUGCAGGCCCCCAACUCGCUGCUCAACAACCUCUUCAUCCUCAACCAGCGACGUUCCAACGGAUUGGCUGAUGUCGUCAGUCUCGUGAUGCGUUUUGGUACGCCUCAGCACAUGAUCGACGAGCUCAAGGAGCGCAUGACGGACUUUUGCCUGGCAAACAAGCGUGACUACCAACCUCGCAUCAUCACCGAGAUGAGAACUCUGGACGAGGUGCGGUCAUGCUCGAUGAACCUCAUCUUCUUCCACAAGACCAACUUCCAGAACGAACUGCUGCGUCUCAACCGCCACAACAAGUUUGUCACGGAGCUCAUGACACAGAUGGUCAACAUUGGCAUCCAGUCUCCGUUCCGCAACGAGCCUGGUGGCAGCCGUGAUUACCCCAUGUACUGGACCGGCAUGCAGCCUCCUCCUGCGUAUGGCAAGGAGCAAGACCGUGGCAAUGUUGAUCCUCUGGAAAACCACUCGCAGUCUGAAGGUCCUGCUUUGCACCACUCCGCUUCAACAUACAGCCGCCGAAGCGACCGUCAACGUUCUGUGGACGAUAACAUGAACGACUUCCAGGAUGUUUUUGAGAGCAGGCGAGAUAACGUGCACGCGCAGCGCCUGGCGAGCAUCCGAGAGAAGGAG